GUAUACUAUAGAGCAUCAAAUUUGAACCUUGUUUGUGAGUUCUCAUUUUUCAGUGAUUCACUUCACAGAGAUAUAGAGAGAAGCAACUCUCACGAUUCCAACUACAUAGCAAUCAUUCAUAUUAUUUUUCCAUCGAUGCUGCUUCACGUUUUCAAUCAACUCAAGGUUUGACCAAUAACAACAACAACAAAAUCAAAUCUCUUUUUAAUUUUAUUGUUGUUUGAUCUCUAUCUUAAUCCCUCUAUCCACAUCUUUUUAGGGUUAGAGUUUAGAGAUCGCUAGGGUUUCUCUCUUUUCUAACAUCCCUUUUUCCAAUUUAUCAAUAUUCAACCAAAAGAGUAUUUAGGGUUUGUUUUUGUUUUUAUCAAUUAAUUAACGAUGCAAUAUAGGCGGACCCACUACCGUCUCGAUCCGGGUCCCGACCCGUUUCAGAGAAGUCGCCGUGAUCGAUUGGAUCGGUCGCCGGUGAAGCAGAGGAACUCGAGUCCUCUGAAGGUGGAUGAGGUGAGAAGGGUUGGUGGUAGCAACAAAAGGAGUGGUGGUGCUGAUGGAUUUGAAGGAAGAGAUUCCGAUUGGCAUUUGAAUGGUAGAAGAAGCGGUAGGGUUCAAUCUAGGUCCCCUCCUGCUGAUCAAGUGAGGAAAAUAUCACAUUUUGAUUAUGGGGUUGGCCAUAGAAGUUGUUCACCAUCACCGCCUUUUGGGUUGAGACCGAGAUAUGAGUAUUCAAAAACCAUGGAUUAUGGUGUUGAUGACGAAAACUUGGAUGCUAAGCGUGUUUAUCUCAAUAGAGAGAAGGACUUGAUUGAAACCAGAUUAGGUGGUGGACAGAGUAUUGUGGAUCAAAGGUUUUUGAGAAGUGAAAAUGAAGUAGGAGGUUCAUAUAGAUCUAUUCCAGAUAUCGGUGUAAGUGUAACAUCACGGUAUGAGGAAGACUGUGGACACUUGCCUCUGCCGUCAAGGAGUUUGCCGACAGGGAGAUUUGAGCAUGAAAGGCUACAGCACCGAGAGCAUUUGCCUGUGGAUAAGAUACCCACCACAGAAUCACACAGUGGGGCUGAUAAAACUAUGUUUCAUGCAAGGGAUAGGGAUGUUUCCUAUUCCAAUGUAUCUCCCUCAUAUGCGAAGGAUUUUCCAGGCAAUUCUCACUUGAGGGAUUAUGGAAGCUCCUCCAUAGAAAUGAGGAGGAGCGAUUUUCUAUGCUCACAUGGUGAUGGUGUCUGUUCACUUUCUUAUGAUCAGCCAAGGAAUAGUGGGAAACUCGGAGAAGGUGUAGGGUUUAGUGGACAUGGACAAAGGUCACGUAUAGAUACUACUAGAGGUCCCAAAAUUGGGCAAAGGAAUAAUAUGGACGACCAUCAAUGUGAAUUUAGUCCUACAAGAACCGAGCAUGCGGAUUAUUUUAAUUCCAGAUUACAUACAAGAGCAGCACAAGAUGAGUAUUUAUAUGAGUAUGAUGAUGUACCUAGAAGGGUAGCUCCUCAUGGUCGAUUGGAUUAUGAGCAAGCUGCAAUGGAAUAUGAUAACAGGGAGUUGUCCAGACAUUAUAUCUCACACCCAGAUUUAGAUAGAACUGGUAAGAGUGAAGAUUAUUAUGCAAAUCCAAGAAGGGGUGGUAUGCAUGAGCAUGACCACCCUGCAUUGCAGAAUCCGAAAUAUGUAGACUAUCACAAUAUGAGAAGAACAUCAAUAGCAUCGAAGCAGAGUGAUGCAUAUGUACGUUCUGGAUAUAAUCAUGUUGAAAUUGGGAAAAGAAUGCCAAAUGAUUAUGAAGUUUCAUAUCUGGAUGCACCUGAGGUUGAUCAAAUAUCAAGUUUAAGAGCAGAGUAUGAAUCUCGAAGCGAUGGGUUUCUAGGGCUUAAGCAAGAAAGGUUUCAGAGUUCACCUCUGUCUAAGCAUAAUUCAGAAACCUACAGACAAACUGUCAGAGUGCAGGAAAUGAAUCAGGAUUUUGGCAUUCAUAACCAUUCAGAUAGACUUAUGAAAAGGAAAUACAAUGCCAAUGAAGAAAUAGAUGUGCAUGAUUUGAAAUCAAGACCAAUGAAAUCAAGUAAGUGGGUUGCAACUGAAAAAUAUCAAGGUUAUUAUGAAAGUGAAGAGUCGGUAGAUGUUGAAGAUAUGAAUAUGAUGUAUUCAUAUAAUAAUGUUGGAUCCAAACAUAAGAUAUACAGGAAGGAUAAGAAUGAAUACAAUGAGUUGGAGAAUGAAGAAGGUUUUACUUCUGAUAAGAGGAUAUCACCUCAAGAUUCUAUGGGACAUGUACAAAGACGGUCAUUUCGAUUUCAGAAGUAUUCCAAUCAAAAUAUAAGGCAUCAUUCAAAGUCCAGUUCAUCAAACUGGUAUAAAUCUCAGCAUUUUCCUAGAAGAAAUGCUAUACAAAAACAACCUAAAGGUUGGAAAAAGUAUCAUGCAUAUGAUGAGAACAAGCAUACAACUAAUGAUGAAUCAUAUGAAGAUUUGGCAAAUGGUGCAGUACCUGAGCCAACUGAGGGCUCUGAGGAGUUUAUACAAAUGGUACAUGAGAAUUUCUUAAUGUACACCAAACAAUUGAAUCUGAACUUAUCUGUCCAAAGAAGGUACCGGAACCAAGGAAAAGCUGGUUGUUUGUACUGCAUUGUAUGUGGUAGAAGUUCCUCAAAGGAAUUCACGGACACUCAACGCUUAGUAACUCAUGCUUUUAUGUCCCAUAAGGCUGGGCUGAGAGCUAAACACUUGGGUCUUCAUAAAGCAAUAUGUGUUCUGAUGGGAUGGGAUACUUCUGUUCCUCAGGAUACAGUAACUUGGAUUCCCCAGGUCUUGCCCCAUGCUGAAGCUUUAGUUCAAAAGGAGGAUUUGAUUCUUUGGCCGCCAAUUAUUAUCAUCCAUAAUAUUUCAAUGUCCGAUGACAAUCCUCAAAACUGGAAGGUUGUAAGCAUGGAAACAAUUGAGGCAUUCAUAAGAGGUAAAGGUUUUGUGAGGGGAAGAAUCAAAUUAUGCUUAGGGAAACCUGCAGAUCAAAGUACUAUUCUAGUGAAGUUCUUGGGCACGUUUGUUGGGCUGGGAGAUGCAGAGAUGAUUCAUAAAUAUCUUUCUGAUAGCAACCGGGGGAGAGCUGAUUAUGAGAAGGUUAAAUCUGAAGGUAUCAAAAGCUGUAACAUCAAAGAGACAGAUCAGGUAGACAAAGUGGAGAGUAUUCUUUAUGGUUAUGUGGCAAUUGCGGAGGACUUGGAGAAACUAGAUUUCAAUAGCAAGAAUUGGAGUUCGAUAAAGAGCAGGAAGGAGAUUGACGACCUGGAUAAGGCUCCUGUUAAAAGCGAGGAGAGGCGGUGAUUAUAAUAUAACUUAAGGCUCUUUCAGUAAUUUAAUGGUGCCUGGUGCUAAAAUUUAAGUGUCCUAAUUGUAUAAUUUGUCUUUUUCCCAUGCUUAAGUUAGUAGUUCUUGUAUAUACACAGGCAGGAUCUGCAAUUUCAGACAAGAGUCCUUUGUAAGAGUUCUUUCUGUUUGUGAACUUUUAAGUUUUAACUUAUUUGACUGAAAAACAAAUGACUAUCAGGAUGAAUGUAUCCAAUGUUUUUAAAAUGCUAAUUCAUUUAACUAGAAA